UGACCACUCUACGGAAGCGGUGUCACGUCGCAUUCUGUGUUGAGACUCUCGGGACCCCUCCUUGGAAGCUGGCAUAUAAAACGAGUGACCCGCCCCUCCCGGACAAAUGAGAUCCAGUCCGGCCCCACGCGCCUAUGCUGCGCUUAAUGGAUGCUUCAGCAGUUCAGCAUCCUCAGCCCUGCCCAGCUCAGCGGAAUUGACACUGUGACUCGGACAAAUCUGACGGCUCUCUCCUCUUCAGGCUACUAUACACUAUAUACUGUACUAGAGUGUUGCGAGAGCUGCCAUGGCGAACAGAGGGCCCAGCUACGGACUGAGCCGAGAGGUGCAGGAGAAGAUCGAGCAAAAGUACGACCAAGACCUGGAGCAGCGGUUGGUAGACUGGAUAGUUGCACAGUGUGGAGGAAACCUGGAGAGGCCACAGACGGGCAGGGAGAACUUCCAGAAAUGGCUGAUGGAUGGAACAAUCCUCUGUAGGCUUAUCAACAGCCUUUAUCCGAGGGGGAAGGAGCCUAUUAAGAAGAUCCCAGACACACAGAUGGCCUUCAAACAAAUGGAGAAGAUCUCUCAGUUCCUGCAAGCAGCUGAAGCUUACGGAGUCACAACCACUGACAUAUUUCAAACUGUGGACCUCUGGGAAGGAAAGGACAUGGCAGCAGUGCAAAGAACUCUCAUGGCUCUGGGGAGUGUGGCUGUCACUAAGGACGAUGGUCAUUACAGAGGUGACCGAGACUGGUUCCACAGGAAAGCCCAAGGGUAUCGGCGAGAGUUCAGCCAAGAGCAGCUUCGCCAAGGUCAGAGUUUGAUCGGCCUGCAGAUGGGCAGCAACCGCGGGGCUUCCCAAUCUGGUAUGACGGGCUACGGUAUGCACCGUCAGAUCAUGUAGACUACUUACUAACCUGCUCCCCUGCUUCCAGACCUUGUUUUCUACUAAUACCACAAAAGGUGUAGCCCCAAACCCCCCAUAUCUUUUGUAGCACCUGCCAUGUUAACCUCAAUUUCCCUGGAAUUGCUGCUUUCCCUAACAGAGUGUUGUAUCUUU